CGACGCCAGAGCAAGUGUCGAGUGUGGAAUUGUGCCGCACGAUGCACCUGGCGACCCAAUUCGGCGGGAUGACCGUCGCUGCCGCACUCAUGGCGGCGGGCUCGCUGUGCAUCAAUGCUUCGAAAGUCGAUGGGAAGAUGCUGUACUUGAGCGCCACUGUAAUGCUCUUGGUGGAAGUGCUGAAGGGACUGAUUUGUGGAACAGUUGUCGCGGUUGUCGUCCCUCGCAAGACCGCCCUGUGGAUUGGAUGGCGCGAAACUCUGUAUUUUGCGAUUCCUGCGCUGCUCUACACAAUUGACAAUAACCUCGUGUUUGUGAUCCUUCGGUUCAUCGACCCUGCAACGUUGUCGAUCCUGUGGAACCUCAAGAUUUUCACGACUGCUGUGCUGUUCCGCGUCGUCCUCAGGCGGUCCAUUAGUCAUCUCCAAGUCGUGUCCCUCGUGCUUCUCAUGCUCGGUGUCGCCACGACCCAGUCGAAGCACGACGUCCAGCCCAUACUACAGCACCAUGAGAAUAUCACCACUGUUGCUUCUCGGCGGCAGUUCAUCCACGAGCAUGACACAUCGAGAGUGCUCAUCGGACUCGGGCUCGUGUCCAUUGCAUGCGUAAUCUCGUCAUUUGCCGGGAUUGCGACAGAGUUCGCACUGAAGAAGAACCCGGGAACCCCAUUCGUCGUCCAGAACAUUUACCUUGCCUCCUUCUCCAUGACGUUCAACGGCGUUGCGGCCCUCCUUCAAGUCGGCCCAGGUGGUUUCUUUUUCGGCUACAAUUCCUGGACAUGGGUGGUUGUGGGCAUCCAAGUCGUCGCUGGUCUGUGCAUGGGGCUCAUCCUGAAGUUCCUCGACAACAUUGCGUGUGUAUUCACCCACGCCAUGGCGAUGCUCUUCACGACCCUGGUCUCAAUCCUCUUUUUCUCGUUCGAUUUCUCGCUCGAAUUUGCGUGUGGCUUGAGCGUGUGCAUUGUUUCCAUGUACUUGUAUCACAUGCCGUCGGCGGGAGCAGUUUCAGCAGCACCGUCAUGCCAUGGUGAAAGCAAUUCCUCAGCCGAGAAGUACCACAAAGUUGCCAGGAUGAGCCCUAUUGCGUCGGACACAGUGAUCGACAGUCCAUGCGAGACCCAGGAUGACGACCAAGAUAGUGACGGCAAUGGCGAUGCUCUUGCAUGAGGGCCAUCACGAUUAUGUUGUUUAGAGGAUCUUAGAGCAAGCUUCAGUCUCUCCAUGUGCAGUCGAAUACAUCCUUCUUUAUCUGUCUCCA